AUGGGGCAAGAAAACCACUUAACUCAAAAGAGAACAACCAGCGUCGGAGGAGUAUUACCAACCACCACACCAACAACCCCAACGGCCUCACGAAACCGAGCACUGCCACGUGGACGUCAGAUCCAGAAAACAUUCAACAACAUCAAGAUCACAAUUCUCUGCGGGUUCGUUACCAUUCUCGUCCUACGUGGCACUAUCGGUGUUAAUCUCGGAACGUCGCAAAACGACGCCGUGAAUCAGAAUGUCAUCGAGGAAACUAACCGGAUCCUCGCGGAGAUCCGAUCUGAUUCCGAUCCGGCCGAUCGGAAUCAGACGGAGACUUUUUUGAGUCUGAAUGAAACUUAUGCGCUUGGUCCUAAGAUCCGGAAUUGGGAUACGGAGAGGAAAAGUUGGCUUGAUAAGAACCCGGAAUACCCUAAUUUUGUUAGAGGGAAACCUAGGAUCUUGCUUCUUACGGGUUCGCCGCCGAAACCCUGUGAUAAUCCUAUUGGGGAUCAUUACCUUCUGAAAUCUAUUAAGAAUAAGAUCGAUUAUUGCAGAUUGCAUGGCAUUGAAAUUGUGUACAACAUGGCUCACUUGGAUAUGGAGCUUGCAGGUUACUGGGCCAAAUUGCCCAUGAUUCGGAGGCUCAUGUUAUCACAUCCUGAGGUGGAGUGGAUUUGGUGGAUGGACAGCGACGCUUUCUUUACGGACAUGGUGUUUGAGCUUCCCAUGAGUAAAUAUAAUGAUUAUAAUCUGAUUCUUCAUGGGUAUCCUGAUUUGUUGUUCGAGCAGAAUUCUUGGAUUGCGGUGAACACGGGGAGCUUUUUAUUUCGCAAUUGCCAAUGGUCCUUGGAUUUGCUCGAUGCUUGGGCCCCCAUGGGCCCGAAAGGACCCAUACGGGAGGAGGCCGGAAAGAUUUUGACAGCAAAUCUCAAAGGAAGGCCUGCAUUUGAGGCUGACGAUCAAUCGGCGUUGAUAUAUUUAUUGUUGUCAAAGAAGGACAAAUGGAUGGAAAAGGUAUUUCUUGAGAAUUCUUUUUAUUUGCAUGGUUAUUGGGCUGGAUUGGUCGAUCGGUAUGAAGAGAUGAUGGAGAAGUAUCAUCCAGGGUUAGGGGAUGAGAGGUGGCCUUUUGUAACGCAUUUUGUGGGGUGUAAGCCUUGCGGGAGUUAUGGAGAUUAUCCAGUGGAGAAAUGCCUUAGUAGCAUGGAGAGGGCUUACAAUUUUGCCGAUAAUCAAGUGCUUAAGCUCUAUGGGUUUAGGCACCGUGGAUUGUUAAGCCCUAAAAUCAAGCGGAUCAGGAAUGAGACGAUUACUCCUUUGGAGUUUGUAGACCAGUUCGAUAUACGAAGGCAUCAUACAGGCAAGGUGGAAUCAAGAAAUUAG